AAAGAGAAGGAGCUUCUCUCACUUGCUCUCACUGUGUUUCUCCUCCUCCCUUCUCCAAGACAAAUCUGAGUUGCUGCCGGGGACCAGGUCUAGCUCCAAACCCAUGAAAAUUUACCAAGAAUAAAACUUCUCAAGAAUGAGAUGGAUUCUGGGGUGGCCUACCCUGAGAAGCAGGAUAAAGAAAAUUUAGUGGGCAUCAGCAAUAAACGGCUUGGUGUCUGUGGCUGGAUCCUAUUUUUCCUUUCCUUCCUGUUGAUGAUCAUUACCUUCCCCAUCUCCAUAUGGAUGUGCUUGAAGAUCAUUAAGGAGUACGAACGUGCUGUGGUAUUCCGACUGGGACGCAUCCAAGCUAACAAAGCCAAAGGACCAGGUUUGAUCCUGGUCCUACCCUGUAUAGAUGUGUUUGUCAAAGUUGAUCUCCGAACUGUUACUUGCAACAUUCCACCACAAGAGAUCCUCACUAGAGACUCUGUGACUACUCAAGUCGAUGGAGUUGUCUAUUACAGGAUCCAUAGUGCUGUCUCGGCAGUGGCUAAUGUCAAUGAUGUCCACCAAGCCACAUUUCUGCUGGCUCAGACCACACUGAGAAAUGUCUUAGGAACACAGACUUUGUCCCAAAUCUUAGCUGGCCGAGAAGAGAUCGCCCAUAGCAUCCAGACCUUGCUUGAUGAUGCCACAGAGCUGUGGGGAAUCCUGGUGGCCCGAGUGGAAAUCAAAGAUGUUCGGAUUCCAGUGCAGUUGCAAAGAUCCAUGGCAGCCGAAGCUGAGGCCACACGAGAAGCCAGAGCCAAGGUCCUUGCAGCAGAAGGAGAAAUGAAUGCUUCCAAAUCUCUCAAAUCCGCCUCCAUGGUGCUGGCGGAGUCCCCUAUAGCUCUGCAGCUGCGAUACUUGCAAACCUUGACCACUGUAGCCACGGAGAAGAAUUCCACUAUUGUGUUUCCGCUGCCUAUGAAUAUACUCGAGGGCAUUGGUGGUGUUAGUUAUGACAACAACCACAAGAAGGUUCCUAAUAAAGCCUGA